GGCGCAACGGUGUCUCCUUCACUUCGCCCUCCAGCCGCGGCGGCCGCAGCGCGAUCCCCGGCUAGCGGAGCGGCCUCAGCUGCGAGCGGAGCGGCGGCGGCGGCGGCGGUGACGGCGACGACGCCCCUCGGGACACCCGCAGGUCUCCCCUUCCCCGCGGCGUCGCCAUGGCGGACUGCUGUGUACGGACAUGCCCACGGCCAAUGUGUAUCCCUCCAUCCUAUGCUGACCUUGGCAAAGCUGCCAGAGAUAUUUUCAACAAAGGAUUUGGCUUUGGGUUGGUGAAGCUGGAUGUGAAAACAAAGUCAUGCAGCGGUGUGGAAUUUUCAACAUCUGGUUCAUCUAAUACGGACACUGGUAAAGUUAGCGGGACCUUGGAGACCAAAUAUAAAUGGUGUGAGUAUGGUCUGACUUUCACAGAAAAGUGGAACACCGAUAACACUCUGGGGACAGAGAUUGCAAUUGAAGACCAGAUAUGCCAAGGUUUGAAGCUGACAUUUGAUACUACCUUUUCACCAAACACAGGAAAGAAAAGUGGUAAAAUCAAGUCUGCUUACAAGAGGGAGUGUAUAAACCUUGGCUGUGAUGUUGACUUUGAUUUUGCUGGACCUGCCAUCCAUGGCUCAGCUGUCUUUGGUUACGAGGGCUGGCUUGCUGGGUACCAGAUGACCUUUGACAGUGCCAAGUCAAAGCUGACUAGAAGUAACUUUGCAGUGGGCUACAGGACUGGGGACUUCCAGCUACAUACUAAUGUCAAUAAUGGGACAGAAUUUGGAGGAUCAAUUUAUCAGAAAGUAUGUGAAGAUUUUGACACUUCAGUAAACCUUGCUUGGACAUCAGGUACCAACUGCACUCGUUUUGGCAUUGCAGCUAAAUACCAGUUGGAUCCUACAGCUUCCAUUUCUGCAAAGGUCAACAACUCUAGUUUAAUUGGAGUGGGCUAUACUCAGACUUUGAGGCCUGGUGUGAAGCUUACCUUGUCUGCUCUGGUGGAUGGGAAGAGUUUUAAUGCUGGAGGCCACAAACUUGGGCUUGCCUUGGAACUAGAGGCUUAAUCCAGUUGAAAGAAACCUCUGGGAAUGGAUAUCAGAUUUGGCCUUAAUGUUUCCGUGUGACCAGCAGGCUCCCCUUCCCCCCAGAAGGUGAUGAAAUCAAAGGGUGAUUAACGAAGAGCUGUAUUUUAAAUAUUUAGACAGUUUCCUGUUGGCUGGUUUCCAGUUAUCAGUGCUGCGGUCGUGCAGCCACCCAUACAUUAUUUAAAUGCAUUUAACUGUUAAAUGUGCUACCCACCAAUGAUGAAAUAGACGUUUAUGAAAACCGUGCCAUGGUGUGCAUGUUUGUUUUAUGUUCCUUUUAACAUUGACUAUUGUACUGAAUGAGAUGGAUCAGUGGAUGUCUUACGAUGAGGUAAAAGAUUUUUUUUGUUAUAUUCAGCCAUCAUUAGAAUUACUUUGGUAAUCCCAAACAUGACAAAUUAUGAAUAAAACAAGUGUACAUAA